GUUUCCAUUUGCUCCCUCACUGGCCACUGCCGUUGGUGCUGCCGAGACCAGGAGCUACCGUGCAGCAUCGUCCGUUAGCAGGGAAAACACCACGGAACGGACUCCAUCAUUGUCAUCUGCUGCAGAGAAGAUCUUUUUUAACGCUACCAUUCACUGAAUAUAGAAGUCUCCACGGGUUUCUAGCGCAACAAUGCCUCCCCCAAUGCGGCACCGCUCCAUGCGCGUCUUCAUGAACGAUGAUCGCCAUGUCAUGGCCAAACACUCUGCCAUCUACCCAACUCAGGAGGAACUAGAAAGUGUACAGAACAUGGUAUCUUACACAGAGCGAGCCCUCAAGGCUGUGUCCGACUGGCUGGAUAAGCAGGAGAAGGGAACGUCGAAAUCAGACUCUGACAGCACUGACACUGAUAAGGAAAGUGAGCACAAAGAUCAGGCCACCCGCUCUCUGCGUGGUGUAAUGAGGGUGGGCCUGGUUGCAAAGGGGCUACUACUGAAGGGGGACCUGGACCUGGAGCUGGUGCUCCUCUGUAAGGACAAACCAACCAUCAGUCUGCUGAAGAAAGUGUCUGAAAAUCUUGUUACACAGCUCAAGCCGAUCAUAGAAGACAAAUACGUGGUGACACAGCACAUCCGCGAGGCCAGUAUCGUCAUCAAGAACUCCAAAGAGCCCCCUCUCACCCUCACCAUACACCUGACAUCCCCUUUGGUUCGUGAGGAGAUUGAGAGGGCUGCCGCCGGAGAAACGCUUUCAGUCAACGAUCCCCCGGAUGUUCUGGACAGGCAGAAAUGCCUAACUGCCUUGGCGUCUCUCCGCCACGCUAAGUGGUUCCAGGCCAGAGCUAAUGGACUCCGCUCCUGUGUCAUUGUCAUCCGGAUACUAAGGGACCUGUGCGCCCGCGUCCCUACAUGGGCCCCGCUUCGAGGUUGGCCCCUGGAGCUGAUCUGUGAGAAAGCCAUUGGUACAGGGAACCGGCCCAUGGGGGCAGGAGAAGCUCUGAGGAGAGUUUUAGAGUGUCUGGCUUCAGGAAUCCUCAUGGCAGAUGGGGCUGGAAUCUCUGAUCCAUGUGAGAAGGAGGCCACAGAUGCUAUCGGUCACUUGGACCACCAGCAGAGAGAAGACAUCACAGCAAGUGCACAACAUGCCUUAAGGUUGUCAGCUUUCGGACAGCUUCACAAAGUGCUUGGAAUGGAUCCCCUUCCCUCUAAGAUGCCCAAGAAACCUCGUAGUGAGACUCCGAUUGAUUACACAGUACAAAUCCCACCCAGUACGGCAUAUGCCCCACCAAUGAAAAGGCCCAUUGAGGAAGAGGAGGGAACUGAUGACAAGAGCCCCAAUAAGAAGAAGAAAAAGCUACAGAAGAAAUCUCCAGAGGAGAAGGCCGAGCCUCCCCAGGCCAUGAACGCUCUGAUGAGGCUCAAUCAGCUGAAGCCAGGUCUCCAGUACAAACUCAUAUCCCAGACUGGCCCAGUUCAUGUUCCAGUCUUCACUAUGGCCGUAGAAGUGGACGGCAAGACCUUUGAGGCCUCCGGUCCAUCCAAGCGCACUGCCAAGCUACAUGUAGCUGUAAAGGUCCUGCAGGACAUGGGUCUGCCCACGGGAGUGGAACUAAAGACUGCUGAGACGGUAAAAUCAGAGGAGACGGCUGUAGCUGUGGAGGAAUUGAGGCCAGUAGUAACGCCUAUUGAAACGAGCACGGCUGCCACGGGAGCAGCCAGUGCAGACGCCACUGAUGCAGUAGAGACUGCUCGUCAACAGGGACCAAUCCUGACUAAACACGGCAAGAACCCCGUGAUGGAGCUGAACGAGAAACGUCGUGGCCUCAAGUAUGAGCUCAUCUCAGAGACUGGUGGCAGCCAUGACAAACGCUUUGUCAUGGAGGUGGAGAUUGACGGUCAGAAGUUCCAGGGGACAGGAUCCAAUAAGAAGGUGGCUAAGGCUUAUGCUGCCCUGGCUGCUUUGGAGCGGCUCUUCCCCGAAGGCUCUGUUGCCGAGGCGGCUAAAAAGAAAAAGGGACCACCCAUGCACACUCCAGGUUUUGGCAUGAUGGGAGCUUCUGGAGGCGGAGACGCAGCUACGCCCAGAGGCAGAGGGAGAGGAGGACGAGGUCGCGGAAGGGGCAGGGGCUUCAAUAAUGGAGGAGGCUACGGCCAAGGAGGCGGCUUCGGAACAUACGGUUACGGGAACAAUGCUAACUCCGGAUACAAUUACUACAACAAUGGUGGCACAAAUGGAGGAGCCGGGGCAUCAACCAGCCCAACAGGUGGCCCUCCACCCAGCACAGCACCAGGAUCAGCACAGGGCUCCUAUGGUUCAUACUACCAGAAUGACGGAGCCUACACUGCCACCUCUGCCGCCAAGGCCCCCAAAAAGAAACCCCCUAUGCACAAGGGAGGGAAGUCACCCUUUCCAGGCCCCCCAGGGGCAAACAGUGGAUCUGCAGGGGGUUACCAGUCCAGCAGCCCCUCGGGGCAGGGCUCCUAUAACCAGUAUGGCCAGGGUUAUGGCCAGGGAAAAAAGAGUUUCAGCCAGAACCAGGGGGCAACGGGCGGGUACUCUUAUAGCACUGCCUACCCGAGCCAGGUGACGGGGGGUGCUGGAGGGAGCCAAGACUACAGUUAUGAAGGUUUCAGCAACCAGUCCAAUUACAACGCACAGGGAGGAGGGGGCAACCAGGGCUUCGGCAACAACCACUCUCAAUACCACAACCCAGUGGGCUACGGCAGAGGAGACGGCAGCAUGAAUUACCAGUACAGAUAGACUAUGUCUCUCCCUCUGUGAAUCAUGGGCACCAAGCACUCGCAUCAGUGUCUGAAACCUUCUCCAAAGAAAGUGAUCGACGGCUUGCCUGUGCUCUUUUCCAUGUUUGCUUCUUAUGUGCUUUUCGGUUUAUAUGUAGCACAUGCGGGCACAAAAUGAAAUGUCUGGACUUUUAAGUGUUGGAGCUGAGUUAUGGCUGAAUUUAGUGGUCUGUUUCAGUGGUCUGGUCAGUGCUUAGUCUUGUGUUUUUAAGUUGUUUUUUUUUUUUGUUUUUUUUUUAUCUGUGCUACCAGUCCUCAUCCUCAUCACUCAAUAUGAAGGCUGAUGUUACAAGUUACUCACUAGCUCUGACUCGGUUUCCUUUCUUAUAAAGAGUUGUGUGGACAGCUUUUUUCUUUUUCAUGUGAAACUAGUAAAAUCUUGUAGUUUGAAACUACAAAGGUUGUUGUAUUUUUUGUAACAAUUCAAUAGACCCAAAUAGCUUGGUCUCUUCAUUGCGUGUAAUUUGGGCUUUUUUUUUUCUCUCUUUUCUUUUUUUAAAUCUAACGUGAUGUAGUUAUUUUAAUAAAUCAUUUUGAAAAUUACUGGAAACAUUCUGAUGUUAAAUCUACAUUUCUCAGUGUAGCUUUUUGAUUGGGUGGGAUUUGUUCUUGUUAAUGUAUAACAAAGUGUGUUUGUAUUAAUAAUAAAUGAUUUUUAUUUUGAAUAGAGGUCUUAAUCAGAGUUUUGACUUUAAAGUAUCAAGUAUUUGUACCAAUGAUACUAUUAAUAAAAAGUGGAAAAUU